AUAUUGAAAACAAGUAUUACACUCAAGGUUAAAAACAAACCGAACUGUUCACUAAGCUUUUCUGUAUAAAAUAAAGCUAUUUGCACCCAUUCUUAGUUUGUACUACUCAUAAUACUAGUAAACUCAAGAGUGUCCCACAUAAAUAUCAGUAUAUGCAAUAGAAACAAAACAUUGGAAUUCUAGAAUAAAUGCACAGAACAGAUUUGUAACUGAUUUGCAUAUUUUAUUAUACCAGCAAUCGUAUAUAUAUAUGCAUAUAUGUAAGUAUGUACAUACACAUAUUAGAUCAGUUGUAAUCAACCCUAUCUGGUCCAAUACUUGGUUAUUAUAGCAAAUAUUUUGUAAUGCCAUCUUUACUAUUCUGAAAUCAAAACCAAAGAUAACAAUCCUGCAUAUGUGCUUAGUUUUAAAUAUCAAUAGUGUUCUGACUGUAAAAUAUAGUUUUAAUAAAAUAUCAACAUGUAAAUGCUCAGGUACCAUCACAUUACAAUGUAUAAUGUAGUCAGAUGCUGCAGCCUUACAUAGAAUUACUGCAUUAGCUCCAAAUGUAGGUUCAUAUAGAUGUGUCAUUGAACCUUAGAUUGUAUGAGUAGCCCUGCCAUCUAUGGCAUGAUUUCCAAAAUAUUGAGCUAUAAAUGUUAUCUUUUUAAAUUUCAUCUUUUAAAAGAUAAUUUCUAUUUAGCAAAAGUAAAAUUUAUUUUAAUUUCUGCUUUACAUUUUAAUGCUAGACUUCUGGUAAACAAGUUAAACAGAUUCUCAUUUAUUCUUACAUCUCUCACUUUUGUUCUUAAGGAAGUUAUGAAUUACAAUAAAAUGUUUUGGGCAGGAUAUGUGGGCAAGGAGUACAGUAUUUGGAUUCUUCAAAUAUUCUGUACUGUCAAUCUGUACAAUCCCAACUUUCAGAAAAAAUUAAAUUUCAUAGUAAUGCUCUUGUUUUAUUUCUUACUAAUUCAGAAGGCACUCAGGGAACUCACAGAACUCUCAAAAUUAUGAGUUCAUCAGAUAUGAGGACUAUAAGAAAGGCAGAAUAAUAGAGUUCAUUUUAUAGCAUAAUUUGAAAUAGUGUGUGGCCCAGCUCAGAAGAGCAUUGCUCUCUUAACCCCCCCAUCCCAGUAGAGGUGCAAAUCAAAGGCCUUGAUGCCAACCCCCUCCAAUUCUUUUUUCCACUUUUGGAGUUUUCUACUUCCAUUUUCUGCCUAGUUAUUUGAAUUUUCUCUCUUCAGUCCUGGGAAAUGAGACACACGUUAUUCAAUUCAGCGCAGAGAGAUACAGGAAAAUCCUUAAGUAUUUGUCAGUUUUACUUAGAGCUGGUUCAGAAAAAAUUAGCUAUUUCAUUGAACUAAAGAGCAAUCAAUUUAAAAAAUCAACCUCUGAGAUUAAUAAGCAUAAUGUGUGUUGGGUACUAUUAGCGUAAAAUCUUGAAAAUGAAAAGGUAGAUGAAUUAUCUCUAAGUCUUUCUCUUCUGAUGUAGAGUGUGUGCUCAGCUCACGUCUGAGCCUUGACCGAUUCCAUGGGCAUGGCACUGACAAGAUCAGUGCAGUAGACUGCUGCUGGCUAUGGAGAUGGAACCUUGCAAAUUACCCCCCUAAACGAAGCGAUAUUAAAAGAAAUUAUGAUGUUUGUGGAGAGUUUUAUCUAUGAAUAUCCCCAAGAGGCAAAAUAUAUUUUUAUAGAACCACUUGAAUAGAAAACAAGUUUGGACCCCUCAGCAUAUGAAUCAGGUUAUAUUGUUGGUGAAACAACAGUCAAAUCAGAAGAAGUUGAUAAAAACGAACAGCCUUUGCUAUGUUUCUAUGUACCCCAAAUUAAAAUCAGGAGUUUUGGGCAGCUGUCACUUUUAUUUAUUGCUAAAGAUACAAAGCUGAAGGAAGCACAAGCAUGUAUUGAAGCUAACAUAGACUCUGUAGCAAAAAUCCUGGGCUUCGAUUAUGAUAAAAUGAAAGUAUUAAAUAUUCUUGAUAAAAUCACCAAAGAUGAUGAUCCUGAAAUUGAGAUAAAGAUGAAGAUUGCCACACUGCUUGAGCAACUGGAUUUGCACCUAGUCAAUCAUUCUCUAAAACACAUUUCUUUAGAAAUACGUUUAAAUUUGGUGACUGUUAAGAACAAUAUAGAACUCAAACGUUUCUCAGGAAAAGGAGAACGAACAGUCUUGGAAUCUAUUGAAUAUACCUCAGAUUAUGAAUUUUCAAAUGGAUUUCGAGCCCCACCUUGGAGACAAAUUCAUGGGGAAAUUUGUUAUGUGUUGGUGAAACCACACGAUGUUGAAACUUUGUGUGUUACUUGUAGUGCAGAAGUAUUUUUAAAUGGUGGCAAGACAGAUGAUGAAGGGAAAAUUAAUUAUGAGAGAAAAGGUGCGAUUUAUAAAGACCUUGUCACAUUUUUAAGAGAAAAAUCAGCAAAAUUUUCAGAAAAUAUGUCUAAACAGGAUAUUAAAUUCAAUGAAGAACAGCAAAAGGAAAAAGAUCAGCCUAAUGAUGUACCUCAGAAGGAAGAAGAAAGUGCCUUUCAUAAAGCUGUUACUGGUCCAGACAAGAGUACAUUGGAGAAUGAAAUUAAUUUGGGGAAGAAUCAAGUGACCAAGAGAUUACAGCCAAGUUUAAACUGGAAGGCCACUGUUGAUUUCAAAAAGCACAAAACCUCACUAAGAAAUACCCAAGAGGAAAAACAUGGAGGAAGACUUGAAAAGUCAAGACUAUUUAUUUCAUCUGGAAAAGCACAGUUAGUUCGUAAGAGUGCUCAUAAGACUGAGGAAAUUGUUAGUGAGAGCUCCUCAGAGAGUGAGGAAGAUGAAGAACCCCCUGACCACCGUCAGAAAGCAAAUGCAGAUUUGCCAUCGGAAUAUUGGCAAAUUCAGAAGCUGGUAAAAUAUUUAAAGGGAGGAAAUCAGACAGCUACAGUGAUUGCACUGUGUUCAAUGAAGGAUUUCAACUUAGCACAAGAGACCUGCCAGUUGGCAAUCAAGGACGUUGGAGGCCUUGAAGUUUUAAUAAAUUUACUUGAUACAGAUGAAGUCAAAUGUAAGAUUGGUUCAUUAAAAAUCCUGAAGGAAAUCAGUCAUAAUCCUCAAAUCAGACGUAAUAUUGUUGACCUUGGGGGCUUACCAAUUAUGGUUAAUAUACUUGAUUCUCCACAUAAGAGUCUGAAAUGUUUGGCGGCUGAGACAAUUGCGAACGUUGCCAAGUUGAGAAGAGCCCGGCGGGUGGUGAGACACCACGGGGGCGUCACCAAACUGGUCACUCUACUCGACUGCGCACAGAAUUCAACAGAACCUGCCCAGUCGAGUCUGUAUGAGGCCAGAGACAUGGAAGUAGCUCGCUGUGGGGCAUUGGCACUGUGGAGCUGCAGUAAGAGUCAUGCCAAUAAAGAAGCUAUUCUCAAAGCUGGGGGCAUUCCACUGUUGGCUCGUUUACUGAAGACUUCUCACGAGAACAUGUUGAUUCCGGUGGUGGGGACACUGCAGGAAUGUGCAUCAGAGAAAAACUACCGAGCUGCAAUCAAAGCAGAAAGGAUAAUUGAAAAUCUAGUAAAGAACCUAAAUAGUGAGAAUGAGCAACUGCAAGAGCACUGUGCCAUGGCCAUCUACCAGUGUGCUGAAGAUGAGGAAACCCGCGACCUGGUCAGGCUGCACGGAGGACUUAAGCCGCUGGCCAGUCUGCUCAAUAACACUGACAACAAGGAACGGCUGGCUGCUGUCACGGGGGCAAUAUGGAAAUGUUCCAUCAGCAAGGAGAACGUGACCAAGUUUCGGGAAUACAAAGCCAUUGAAACCUUGGUGGGACUUUUAACUGACCAGCCCGAAGAAGUACUUGUGAAUGUGGUUGGUGCAUUGGGUGAAUGCUGCCAGGAAUAUGAAAACCGAAUCCUUAUCCGGAAGUGUGGUGGCAUCCAACCACUUGUGAACCUCCUCGUUGGCAUAAACCAAGCUCUUCUUGUCAAUGUCACAAAAGCAGUUGGCGCUUGUGCAGCAGAACCUGAAAGUAUGAUGAUAAUUGAUCACUUGGAUGGGGUUCGUUUGUUAUGGUCCCUGCUGAAAAAUCCUCACCCAGAUGUGAAGGCCAGUGCAGCUUGGGCCCUCUGUCCCUGCAUCCAAAAUGCCAAGGAUUCUGGAGAAAUGGUUCGUUCCUUUGUUGGUGGUUUGGAACUUGUUGUCAAUUUACUGAAAUCAGAUAAUAAAGAAGUUUUGGCGAGUGUAUGUGCUGCUAUUACCAAUAUAGCAAACGAUCAAGAAAAUUUAGCUGUUAUAACAGAUCAUGGAGUUGUCCCUUUAUUGUCCAAACUAGCAAAUACAACUAAUGAUAAACUGAGGCGUCAUCUAGCAGAAGCUAUUUCACGCUGCUGUAUGUGGGGCAGAAAUAGAGUGGCCUUUGGUGAGCACAAAGCAGUGGCUCUGCUAGUGCGUUACCUGAAAUCAAAUGACACCAAUGUACAUCGAGCAACAGCUCAAGCCUUGUAUCAGCUGUCAGAAGAUGCCGACAACUGCAUCACCAUGCAUGAGAAUGGCGUGGUAAAGCUUCUACUGGAUAUGGUUGGGUCCCCUGAUCAGGAUCUCCAGGAAGCUGCAGCUGGCUGUAUAUCCAACAUCCGCAGGCUGGCUCUUGCUACAGAAAAGGCAAGAUACACUUGAAAUGUGGACAGACCUCAAAAGCUACCAAACUUUACAUGACAUGGAACAUGCCACUCUCAUGGCCAGGAAGCCUAAAUUAGGGAACACUUAAUAGCAAAUCCUUUACAGACAUAUGUCUGAAUGAAAACACAGCAUUGAAAAUGCAAAGAAUGCUGUUCAUCUAAAAUUGCAUGAAUAUUUUUGUUCUAUUUCAUAUUUUAAGGAUAUAACAUAUAAUGAAAUGUAAGGCCAAUAAACUUGUGAUAAUUGUCCAGGAGUUUAAGAAUGUAUGUAUACAGUAUAUGUACUUCAGUGGUGCUUUUGUACUUGCCUUGAUUUUAAUAAAAGAUGUGGCCUUCU